AUGAUCACGCUAGCCCGCAAGAAGAAAGAGUCGGGCAGUGGCGGCGGUGGAGGUGGUGGAAACGGAGGAUCCACCACCGGAAGCACUGCUGGUAGCGGUGGCGCUGCCGGUGGUGGUCCGCUGUCCGAUGCGCCGAAGCGGAUAUCCAUCCGGGAGUUUCUGCUCGUGAAGGAGGUGCAGGAGCUGGAACAGAACCUGCCGAUCACCUGCAAGGUGACGUUCCACGAUCCGAACGUGCUGAGCGAGUUCACGCUAGUCAUCAGUCCGAACGAAGGGUUUUGGUGCGGGGGUCGCUUCAAGUUUAGCAUUCUCGUGCCGGAAGAGUACAACAUGGCGCCACCGAAGGUGAAGUGUCUUACCAAGCUGUGGCACCCGAACAUAUCCGUCGAGGGAGACAUCUGCCUUUCGCUGCUCCGGUUGAACUCGAUCGACGGGCUCGGGUGGGCACCGACCCGUCGGCUCAAGGAUGUCAUCUGGGGUCUCAAUUCACUCUUCACCGACCUGCUAAACUUUGACGACCCGCUCAACAUCGAAGCGGCGGAACAGUAUUCCAAAGACAAGGAGCGCUUCCAGGCGAAGGUGCGCGAGUACGUGUCCGCAUACGCGAGAAGAUAAUAAUUCAAGACUUCCUCCACCACCAUCACCACCCUUCCCAUUUCCAUUCCCUUUCCCUUCCCUCCCCGAGAGACUGUAAACACCCUCCUGCCGAUCCUGCCUCCGGACUCCGGGCCCUUUUUUUGGGGAGGAGCAGAGAAGAAAGAGAGAGAGAGAUAGAGAGAGAAGUGGGAUAAAAACAAGAAGAUUCGCCCCCCACGAACUGUAGAGGAUUGUCACACCUACACACAAGCAUUAAUAUAUAUACCCCUUUCUCACAUAAGCACACACAUAUAGUCAAAGCAGAAGCAUGUAAAGCAUAACUUAAUGCAUAAUCCCAUUACAAACACAGAAACGUCCAAAGGACGAUCCAUUUUAGAGCUUAGAAAGGGCACGAACAUUUGUUUGAAAGUGUAAUUAUACAGUAAUAGCUAAUAAUAAUAGUAGAAGAACACAUAUUUAACCGAUUUGCUCAACCACACUCACAACAAAAAGUCUUCUAGGAAACGCAAAAGAUUCGCAAUUUUAUUACUUUUAUCGUUUUUCCAGCAUCAAACAAUGAAAUGAUACAAUUCACGGUAUGAAAGAAGAGCAUUCUUCCCGUAUCGUCGUUACGUUGUCUCUCUCUCUCUCAAAUAUCUCUAUAUAUCUCUCCCUCUCUCUCUCGCUCCCCUCAUUAAAACAAAGGGCAACUGAUUCAGAAUUGUAAUUAUAUAAUGAUGCCGGUAAUACUGAUAAUCGAAUUUCGCAUGUAAGUUUAGCAAUGUCUAGUAAAUAAAAGGAAACGUUUAAACAACGCUGUGACUCUGAGGAAACGAAACGAAACACGAAA